AUGCUUGAUGCCUUAGUCGCGCAAUGCAACACUGGUGUGGAAGAGCUGCGCUCACUUUGGAAAUGCCUCCAUUGGACGCAACCGCUGAAGGUCCUCCAGUUCAUGCACAAGUAUUUGGCUAGUCGAUUUUUGUGGUUCGCCCCCAUCUUGGAUCCCACAGUACAUACCCAGGAUGUUGUGCGCGUGCUGCAGGUUGUAGUCCUCACCAAGUUUCUACACUUGUGCAUCCCUGCGGAGCUGGCCCACACAGAAGCUAUGGUGGUACACAGGCUGCGCAAGCGUGCUUGUUACUGCUUACUGCACGCCCAUAAGGUUUACUCCUGGGUUUACGCUUUGAUUAUCCGGAAAUUCACUUACAUGGGUCAUUUGUUGCGACGCCCGUCGUGCCAUCUAGCGCGCAGGCUCAUGUUAGCAGGGUAUCGCGACUUUUCUUCGGGCAAACCAGGGCCUUGGCGUAGCCAUCUGCAUUGGCUAGUUCAAACUGUUAGUGAAGUUUUCGAUGUCGAGAUGCCCCUUCUGCGGCCCGAUUCUGCGAAUCAGGUUGCUGAGACCCUGGCUGAACUUGCUAGUCACAGAGACGAAUGGCAUGCACGCUCCUUGCGGCUGUACGACCGAGAUCUGAUGCCGCUUCAUCUGUUUAGUGCCUCUCCGUGGGCCAGCUGGCGCAAGCCCCUCACGUCUCAUGUACCUUGGUGGUUCUGUGGAUACAUGUGGUUGCAUGAUGAUGGCUUCAGGGUGGUUUGGUUGGAUAGGCAGGAGGGCUUCCAGGUAUUCACCUUCGGGGUCUUGACAGCUGCCUCCAUCGACCUCUUUGUUGCCUACACAUCUAUGCAGAGGCCUUAUUUCACUCUUACGCUGCUCAUAACCGCCGACUUUGUGGACGCUUACAGACAUCAGCUGGUUGAUAUUCACAAUGCUUGCAUGCAGUCACGCUCUGUUGUCGUUUUGUAUGAAGAAGUACCAGACUCAUGGAUUCGCAAGGCUUGCGGUCGUAGCCACGAGUGCUAG